CCUGGGCGCCAGUCGGCUCCGAGACGUUGCUGCGUGAGGACGUAACGCGUCGACGGUAUCUCGUAGGUUUUUUUUACACUCGCGCUCCGUCUCCCGAUAUUCGAAGAAUCCGAAGUACGAAGUGGAACUAUUUGCGGAUGAUCAAUGGUGCGUCGUCAUUCGUAGAGAGUAUACGACCUCGCUUGUUCCUACGUAUCGAUGAAUGAAAAAACCGUACGUAUUUUUGUAAUCGCAAAAGUGGAUCACACGUCACGUAGAAUUCCGAAUUUCGUUUGUACUUCUGGUUCUGCCGUGACGUUGCAACGUGAUAACAAACUAGUAAUAUGACGUGCGUUACCCACUUCUGGAAAUUAAAUUCACAACGAAUUUGCUUUGAUCGGCUAGUGUUUUUCCGGAAGAAUAAAUAAUUAAUUUCUCUGAUAAAAAUCAUGAGAAGGUUGUAAUUUGUUACCUUGUGUGCAUUAUUGUGUUGCUCGUUAAAUCGACGAUUGUGUUAAUUUCAUCGCGUAAUCAUCGUUGUGAACGGGAUAGAGAAAAAUAAAUUAAAAAAAAGAAAAAAGGAAACUGGAUUUGAGAGUGCGUGUUCUCGAAUAACGAAAUUAUACAUACGCGUAACACACGGACCAACAAUUUCAAAGAGCAUAUUGACGAUGAUUACCAUAAUGCUAAUGAUACGGUGAUUGUUAAUGAACUCGUAGUUCACCUUGUAAGCGAAUGAGCGGCUGCGGUGAUGUUGGCUAAUUUUUUUUUUCGUGUUAAUCAUUUUUGUUUUUCUAAGCCUUCGAUUACUCGUCAUCGUUGAUUCGAUCAUCGCCAAUGUCGUUGUUAUCCCAGCGAUAAUAACGACGUCAACAACAACAACAACAACAAUAAAAAUUUGGUGAAAGUGAGCCCUACGCGCGUAUUACACUCAUACAUGUAUCGACGAUAAUUGUUGAGUUCAAAUUAUCCUUUUUUACAAUUACAAUCAUAUUAUCAAAUAUAAUAUGACUCGGACAAGUGAUUAUUGUGACUCCCUUAAGGAUACCCUUGGCUUAAAUCGAGGAUAUUACCCUGACCGGAAACCACCGGGAAUAUCGAGGGUUUCCAGACGCUACGACGUUUCAAAAGUUCACCUGGUACUCUUAUUUGCGGCGGUUUUGAACUCCGUUGAAAUAGCCGCUACAUUUUGCCCGAACGGAUGCGACUGCGACGAUGAAACUCUGGUCGUUUCGUGCGUCCAGGCCAAUCUGGAUGUCAUUCCGAUCGCACUGAAUCCAAGUAUACAGAGGAUAGUGCUCAAGGAGAACAGAAUAAAGAUCGUCGACGCAGCCUUCCAGUUUUACGGCGAUCUAAGAAACGUCGAUCUUUCCAACAAUCAUCUCGUCACGAUACCGAACAACAGUUUCGAGGCGCAGAAACAAUUGGUUGAACUUCAUUUGAAGCACAACAAGAUAUCGGCACUAACGGAAAGAACUUUUCAAGGGCUGAAGUCGCUCACGGUACUCAAUCUCAGAGAUAACUAUCUGGAAACUUUGAGAAAUGGACUAUUUACAUCGCUCACGAAAUUGGAGGAACUCGAUUUGGGACAGAAUAGAAUUUCGAACGUUGAUCCCGAAGCUUUUCAAAGACUCGGAUCGUUGCGGGUUCUUUACCUCGACGACAAUCAACUCAGGGGGAUACCGUCGCCCGCUUUAGGACCGCUGAACGCACUCGCGGAACUUCAUAUCGGACUGAACGCGUUCUCCUCGUUACCCGACGACGGUUUUAACGGCCUAAGUCGACUCGCUGUUUUAGACGUUACGGGAGCCGGACUGGAUAACGUCAGCGACGGUGCCUUCAGGGGUUUAAAUGCCCUACGUACCCUCAAACUGGGUGGUAAUAAACUAAGGGAAGUUCCGACCAGGCAACUAGCAACACUUCCCAGACUCGAGGAACUCACCUUGGGUCAAAAUGAUUUUACGGCUUUGAGAGCCGGUGCUUUUCACGGACUGUCAAACCUCAAAAGGCUCGACGUAUCGGGAGCCAAAGUACUGACGACGAUCGAAAGCGGUGCUUUCUCGGACAACGCGAAUCUCGAGUGUAUCUCGUUGAACAGUAACAAACGUUUGGCCAGUAUGGAAGACGGCGCUCUAGCCGGCCUUCCGAAUCUUCGACACUUGGUACUCAGAGAUAACGCCUUCGCCAGUUUUUCCGAAUCCCUAGUCGCCUGGGGUGAAUUGAGAAAAUUAGACCUCAGUGAAAAUCCCGUGGUAUGCGACUGCGGUCUUCUGUGGCUCGCCGAGGUACUCGCCGCGCGAAACUCGAGUCCGGUUGUUUGCGCAGCACCGAAAGACCUGCACGGUAGAUCGCUCAAGGGUAUGGCACCCGACGAACUCGGCUGUGCUUUUUCCGACCCGAGAAAACAGGCGCUCUUGGCCACCCUCGGAGGUGCCGGUCUGGCGCUCUUCGCCGGUUUGGCUCUGCUGCUCCACUACCGUUGCAGAAGAAGAGUACGCGAUGCCCUCAAGGAUUACAAAAACAGGGCAAUAUCGCGGAAGGAACACGAAUAUCAGAAGACGUUCUCCGACGACGAGUACAUCGUUAGAGCCGCUCACGCGCAACAACAGGCGCAAGUAGCCGCGGGACUCAAACCUAUACCGGUUACCGAACUGUAG